AUGUUACAACAUGCUGUGUCCGGGGGGCUGUCUACCUUCAUAUACUUUGCGCUCUCGGCGAUCCCGGUACUCUCUAUACCUCUGGCAAAGAAUCCCUUCCCAAAGUCCGAUUAUCCGAUUAUCACGAGCGACCCAUUAAGCGAGGGUUUCAUCACGAGUGACAUUUCACUUCCCUUCGAGAGUCCUGCAGCGGCAAGCGACUUUUUGAGCGAGAACAGUACUACAAUAACGAAUGAGAUUGCAUUCACCGACAGCACUCUGAUAACGAGUGUCUUCAUUGAUAUCUCAAGCAAGGAUUACACUGCACCUACGAGCAUAGAUAUCCCUGCGGUGAUCACAGGAUCAAUUUCGGGCGAGGAGUCUGCAUCAGCUUAUAUCGUGUCCUCGUACAUCAGCAGUCUAUCGGCCCAAAUUGACACACCAUCCCCAGCUAUCGCAUUCCCAAAAAGUUCUAAGGGGAUCUACGACAUCACGAGUAAAUACUAUGUACCAAUUGAGAGCUAUAGCGAGGACUGCACCACUACAUCGACUACUGAAACAUGCGAGACCACGGCUACGGAUGGCACCAUAGUGACUGAUACCUAUAAUGUCACACGCACAGAUGUUCAUAACAGUUAUGUGACAGACACCGAUACUGUUUCUGUAACGGAUAUCACAACUAUUACUGCUAUUGAUAACAUUCUUAUCACACGUACAACAGUAGUUACAGAGACUGAUAGCGUCACUGUCACAGUGACAAACAGCAUUACGGACAUCUUUAGGGUCUACGUAACAUAUAGCACCAUGGUCACAUAUAGUACAAUAAUCAUAGACAGCACCACAAUCACCGAUGGCACUACAAUCACAGACAGUACUACAAUCACCGAUGGCACCACAAUCACAGACAGUAUCAUGAUCACCGAUGGCACCACAAUCACAGACAGCACCCUGAUUAUCAACGGCACCACAAUCACCGAUAGCACGAUGAUCACGGAUAGUGUCACAGUCACAGACAGCAUAACCCUUACCGAUAGUACAGCGAUAACGAACAUCAUAAUAAUUUCGGAUAGCACAAUGGUCACGGAUAGUACCACGGUCACAGAUAGUAUAACGCUCACGGACAGCGUAACGCUCACGGACAGCGUAACGCUCACGGACAGCGUAACGCUCACGGACAGCGUAACACUCACGGACAGUGUAACGGUCACAGACAGUACAAUGGUCACCGAGAGCACGAUGGUCACAGAUAGUACCGUUGUCACCGAUAGUGCGUUCGUCACAUACAGUACAAUGAUCACGGAUAGCACGAUGGUCACCGAUAGCACCAUGCUCACCGAUAGUACAAUCAUCAUUGAGAGCACGGUAGUCACUGAGAGCACGAUGGUCACUGAGAGUACAAUGGUCAUAGAUAGUACGAUGGUCACAGGCAGUACGAUGAUUACCGAUAGCACAAUGGUCACAGACAGUACCAUUAUCACUGAUAGCACAGUGCUCUUACAAAGUAUGGUGAUCACCGAAGCCACCACUAUCACAGCGACAGACAGUAUUACAGCUACGGAUAGUGUAACAGCAACAGAGAGUACAAUGCAAACAUAUACAACAAUUGUUACAGAAACAGUCACCGAUAGCGUCCCAAUAUUGAGUGUUACUGUAACAGAAAGCGCGACAAUCACAAGUUUCAUAACACUUACGGAGAGUACCUCAAUUCCAGCAAGUACACUCACGAAUAGUAUCACUGCUUUUAUAACUAUUACACCAACCAGUGCACCAAGUCGUUCUUUGGCCGCCGACCCAAGCACACCUCCUGGUAGUGACGCCGCGGAAUGUCCGUCGCCUUCACCUACAGUUCCAGCUGAAUUUAGUGGUGGAUUCCAGCCAGAACCCCAAGGGCGUGGUACUGUCGGUGUGAUAUUGAGCUCCGUUGCCACAACUCUCCUCUGUCUAUGGAUUUCAGUACAUCCCAACAUUCUCGCCAACUCGAAUCCUGUUGCUCAAACAAAGUAUAGCCUAUCCUGGAUGGCACUUUCUCUGCUUUUCCCUGAGAUUAUGAUGCUGUGCUCUUUCGGCCAGUGGCGCAAAGCGAGAAGGCUUCAUGCCAUGUGGAUUGAGAGAUUUCCAGUAACAAAGGAGUGUCCGGAUUCUCUCGGGAUGGAAGGUGCAUUCUUUGUGUUGGCGGGAGGCUUCCUUGUGAAGGAAGGGAAGGAUUACAAGACCGUCUUGACGCCUCUAGGCUUCGAGCAUUAUGUCCGCUCUGGACGGAUUGACCCACAAUCUUUCGAUAGACGUCAAAUCACCGAUAAAGGCAAGGCAAGCUCCAUGGCUAAGGCCUUGGUCCUCUGCCAAGCUACAUGGUUUCUUUAUCAGUGUAUUAGGCGCGGGUCUGCGGGGCUGCCAAUCACUAUUCUCGAGGUUCAUAUCAUAACGCAAGUCUUGUUUAUGUUCGUACUUUACUACUUCUGGUGGCAGAAACCUCUCAGUGUGGCCGAGCCUUUGCCAAUCAUUUUAUAUCCGCGACAAGGGGAUCAAGCAUCUCUAGGCAGUAACGAGCCGAGGACAAUUGCUAUGGGCCCACCAGACUCGCCUCAUGAUACAAGUGCGCUUGUUCCGGAAGGUCCGCCUAUCGAGGAAGCACCGGAAUUCGAAGAGAGCAGACAAUACAAUAUGUUCUCAAGAUCUUACCAGAUGACCGAACGAGCCCGCUCAGGACUUCCAAACUUGCUACUCAAAGUUGUAUAUGAUGUCAGCGAAUACAUCGUCAUCCGCGACAAAAGUCACGGCUGGCUCUACAAAGGCAAGUACAGUGAAAAAGGCAAAGGCAGAGCCGCAGCCUCCGGUGGCGUUAUGGGCGGGCAGGAGGCCGGACGUGAUGGUGGACGCGAGGGCGAGGGCGGAUAUGCAGGCGAACGUGGGGGCGAGGGCGCAGGCCAACGUGAGAGUGAGGGUGCAGGCGAACGUGCGGGUGGGGGUGAAGCCCGUGCAGGUACUCCUGGAAACAAUGGCGGCGAAUAUGCAGAAGGAGUCGACGAUGACAACUUGCACAAGAGCGCGCGGGAUAUGUUUAUUAUCGGAAUCAUGCUCGCCUCCAACGGCGCGAUGCAUAUCCCAGCAUGGCCCAUCCACUUUCCCACCGAAACCGAAGCCUGGCUAUGGCGCGCCGCAUGUAUCGCCAUCGUUGUCACCUCCGUUAUCUUUACUUGUAUGGUAGCCGCCACAAACUACGACAAGCGGUUCCUUCGCGCAAUGUGGGAGACGCGGUUCUACGACCAGAGCGUACUUCGUAUGAUGUUUCUCCGAAUCCAUGCCGGGAGAGGCGACAUCACCCGGAACUGGCAGCAGAAGAAGCUUGCGCAGAAUCACGGGCCGAUGAAAAGAAUGAUGAGUUGGCCGCUGUACUGGUUGGAGAGGAUCCUGUUUGAGAUCUUCUGGAUCUUGAUCUUUGUCUAUCUGCUGUGCACAGUCUUCCUGUUGGUGGAAGCAUUUAUAAGUAUGAGGGAUGUACCGAGGAAGACGUAUGUGACGACGAGAGAUACGGAUGGCGGGUACUGGCCACAUUUCGUUUAA